AUGGAGCCAAACACUGGAUAUGAUGAGGCUUGUCGAGUGCUGUUGGAACCCAUCGGAACCAGAUUUGCCUUCCAUUUUUAUGGCGAUCGGAAAACAAAUGACAUAAGGAAGCCGCAGUGGUAUCUGAGUCAAACACUCAACUGGAUACAAGUAAAUCUGCCGUUUUUCGAAGCAGUGCAAGGCAAACUGAUCAAGGAGCAUGUAAAGCCUAUCGCGUUCAGCUACAUCUAUGUUCAUGAAAUACUUAUCCGAGCUGCCCAUAUCGAAAACAAAGUCGCUGCUAAGACAAGAAAAGCUAUGGAUCCUGACGGGUAUUCUUCCAACAUACUUUCACUCUUCUGCGAUCGUAAUGUACUGGACCGAUGGAUAGAGAUAGAAAACGAGUGCUGUGUGGAUCGUAUGGAUGAGAUUUUGUCGGCACCAGAUCGGUGGCAAAAUCGAUUUCGUUCAAUGGAAGACGCAGACGAGUUCCUCGUGUGUAACUGUGCUGACGCCUUCGUGUCGAUGCUGCAGUCACAACAAAGUCGCGCGAGACUGCUACCUGACGACAUAGCUCAGAAGCGUUUUCUGGAUCUGCAGCUGCUACUUACGGAUGACUUUCGCACACGACUCGCUCAAAUAGCGAGGCAAUCUGAAUCGCCCUGGAGUGAACCCUUUCCGAACGUCAUGAAUGCCAUCUGGUAUCUGACGCAUGUUGUAGAGGAGUGGAGCGAUUCCUGCUUGCUAAGUGGUAUCACCGCUACCGAGGGACGCGCUGUUUUUGACGAAUCUUCAGCGAUGUUCAAGUAAGU